GUUGAGAGGAUGAAACACAGAGAGAGCACGGAUACCGGGCGAGGGAGAGUGUAACGCCUGAUAAGACCGAGCGAUGGUCGCUCUCGUGAGAGUGCGUGAUCCAAGCAACGUACCUUUUCCAUUUUGACAGUUUGUUGUAGUAACGAAGAUAAAAAGAAAAUAGAAGAGGAUAAUAUCGGAGAAAGAUUAAAAUAUCAAAAUAUCAAAAAAUAAUUUCACGAACGGAUCAACACAGAUCCGCCAUUAUACUUUAACGAGGAUGCGAGUUGUAUGUGUCGUCGUCGUAGCUUAGUUCGUCGGGUGUCAUUGAACGCCGUUGAAUUUGAAUAGAGUGCGACGGAGACAGAGAUAGAAGAAAAAGAAAAAGAAAGAAAAAGAUAUAGAGGGAUAUAUAUAUGCAUAUAUAUAUAUAUACGUAUAUACAUAUAGGAAAUAGAAAACGAGAGCUGAAAAGAGACAGAGACAAUAAAUAGGAGAGGAAAAGUGGGAGGAUCGCGUGUUCGAAAAUUUGGAGAUUAACUCGCUCCGCCACAGAAACGAAAAAAAAAUUAGUGAUACUGUGUAUUCUCUGUGUGUGAGUGAGUGCUCUAUUCGUGUGUGUGGGUGUGUGUAUGUGCAAAAGAGCAACAGAGAGAGAGAUUGGUGUCGCGUGUGUGCGUGCGCGUCUCUCUCUACGUACAGGUUUUUUCGUACGAGCUUAUUCUAUACGUGAUACGCGAGCCACCUACGUGUAUGCUCUUUCGGUGAAAAUUUGGAAACAAGUGUAGUACGAAGAAAGUCGAAAAAAAAAAAAGAAAAGAAGACAAAGGUGGCCGCCUUUGGUGCCGCCUCGAGGACUGGCUCUCUGUGAUAUAGCUCUUUCUCUGUCUUUCUAUCUCUCUCUUGUUCCCCUUCUCUUUCUACUCCUCUUUUAUCCUUUUUUCUCUCUCUCUCUCCUUGUUCUUUUUCUUCUCUUCGUUCCCUCACUCUCCACCCCCACCUCUUACCCCCGUCCUCAUCGCUAUCCGUCUAGCGCACACACACGCGUUCGACCCUCGAGGGAAGAAGUGGAAGAAAGAGAGAAGAAAUAAAAGAAGAAAUAAAAAAAAAUAAGAAGAAGCAAAAAAGAAGAAGAAGAAGGAACAGACGAAGAAGUAGAAGAAUGGAGGCGGUAGCGAAGCACGACUUUACCGCGACAGCCGAGGAUGAGCUUAGCUUUCGCAGGUGUCAAGUCCUUAAGAUUCUCAAUAUGGAGGAUGAUAUGAAUUGGUUCAGAGCCGAAUUAGAUUCCAGAGAAGGACUCAUUCCAAGUAAUUACAUAGAAAUGAAAAAUCACGAUUGGUAUUAUGGAAGGAUAACCAGAGCAGAUGCUGAAAGGCUAUUAAUGAAUAAGCAUGAAGGUGCCUUUCUGAUUAGAAUCAGUGAAAGCUCUCCUGGUGACUUUUCGUUAUCCGUAAAAUGUUCAGACGGUGUGCAACACUUUAAAGUAUUAAGAGAUGCUCAGGGCAAGUUCUUUCUUUGGGUCGUAAAGUUUAAUAGUUUGAACGAACUGGUAGAAUAUCAUCGUACAGCAUCGGUAUCACGUUCACAAGAUGUCAAAUUACGUGAUAUGAUUCCUGAAGAGUGUUUAGUGCAAGCAUUAUAUGAUUUUGCUCCACAAGAACCUGGUGAAUUGGAAUUCAGGCGAGGAGAUGUAAUUACUGUUACAGAUCGCACAGAUCAGCAUUGGUGGCAUGGGGAGAUUGGUAACAGAAGAGGACUAUUUCCAUCUACAUAUGUUACUCCCUAUCACUCCUAGGCCUGAUUUAAUAUAUACAGGUCUCAACUAUUGACCGCCUUAUCCCACCAUCAUUAUAUACAGGAUCAGCCUCGCUGUAAAAUUAAUCCAGAAUGUUUUGCGAGCACACCGCCUAUUGAAUGGACUACCAGGAUAUACUCUUGGUGGUCCAAAUGUCGAGUAUUGUAAUAAAUACGAUCUCGACAUAAAAUACUAUUUAGUAAGGACCUCUGACCGGUCCCAUUGAGAGAAAACAUUAUUUCUUACAUCCUUAGUAAUCCAUACGAGAGUGUGUAGAGUUCCUUGAUGUAUUACACGACAGGGUAGUGUCCACAUUGUUUUUAUAUAUCGUUGGAUGGACAAGUUUUAAUCUUCUCUGUGGGACUGAAUAUGCUGCUACCAUUUGAAGUUAACAUUGAUAGAUGUCGUAUGUGUAUCGUAUGUCUGCGAUCAAAUAGAAUCCAUCGAAUAUUCAUUAACCGCAAACAUUUUGACUUUUUAUUCAAUAUAUAAUAUACCAAGUGCUCUAAGCAUGCAAUCAUUAACUAUCAUAUGUUAAUAAAAUCGUAACAUCGACAUAUAUUAUAAAUGAAACUUGAAAUGGUCUUUAGUAUUUCUUGGUAGUCCAUUAAAAUGGUGUUAUACAUCACAGAUAAGCAUUAGUCUUUUGCAAGCAUGCUCAUUGGCCAUAUUAAAACAAUAAUUAUAUCUCUUGCUAUCUCAGAUAGUAGUUUAGGAGAACUGGGAUUAUAUAAAUCUUGUAUUUUUUAAUACAGAUCCGCUAUUCGAGGAAAUGGGGACCUUGGCGAGAAAAGGGCCUAGUUAAAAACAAUUGCAUAAAAAAUUUAAAAAAAGAAAAAACUUUAUAUACGAACAUGUAUAGCGUUAAAAAAAAGCGCAUCGCCUUUUGGCAUUGGACAAUUUUUGUUGUCUUUUUUCUAUCGUCAAUAUUUUCGCGAAUGAUUAAGAGAGAAAACAUUUUUUUCUUACGCUUUUAUUAUACGUUCGAUAAUACGAAUAUUUCAGAUAUAUUAUCUGUAUCGUAUACACAGACACACACAAAUUCGAAUAAGCUAAAUAUAAGCUUUUCUUCGGUAUUUCUUCAUAAUGAAAUCUUAAAAGAAUUGGUGGAAUCUGUUUAAAAGAUAUUACUAAUACUGUUUCUCUCUCAUCAUCUAUAUACAUAAGCAGUUAAAACGCUUAAAGAGAUUUAUUUUGUAAUUAAACGAAUCUUGUGGUAUACGUAGUGAACAAAAAAUAAAAAAAAUAAAAAAAAAAAUAAAAAAUAGAAAAAAUCUUUUGUUUUAUUCUAGAAAUUUUACUACGAGUUGGGAGAGAAAACCACACAUAUACAGCGAUAAAGCGUAUAUACAUAUUGUAUAUACAUUAUACAUGCAUACACAUAUUGAAGAUAAUCGUGCGAGAUUAAAAUACAAUUAUCGUGAUUGAUUUAUUUUUUGACAACAACUCUGUGACAAAUAUUGCAUAAAUGCAGAAAUAGAUAAAUACAAAUAUUUCAUAUGAUAAAACAUUAUUGCUAUUUAAAAACGAAAAACAAAAAAAAGGAACGAAAACAAAUAUUGCUAUGCACUUCAUUAUUCAUCUAGCAAAUUUAAUCAUAUGUUGCAAAGAAAAAAGAAAAAGAUGCCAAGAAGCGAUACGAUAUUGAAGUCUGCCAUGUGUUAAUUUUAAUCUGCACACAAUAUUUAAAUAUAAAGUUUGUAAUUUUAAAAACGAUUCAAGGGGAGUCUAUGUACAUUUCUCAAGAAAAAAAGAACAAAAAAGAAAACAAAAAAUAUUCUGUUUACUGAUUUCAGCAAUUCUUGCUUUUUUUCUGUGUAAACAAUGAAAAUGUUUAGUCUUAUUGUGUAAUUAUUAUUAUUAUUAUUAUUAUUAUUAUUAUUAUUAUUAUUAUUAUUAUUAUUAUAUUAUUAAUUAAUUAUUAUUAUUACUGCGUUAUGUUACAUUUUAUUAUUAACAAUAUAUUGCAUUAAUCAUACCUGCAUGCUUUUUUUUUACUUACGCCCAUAAACCAUAUAUGCCUAUUGUAUAAGCCGAAAUCACAUGUGCUAUUUAUUGUCUCACUAUCUACCAUUUCUAUUUGUUCUUCAUCGUUCAUUAGUAACAGUCAAAAAUUAUAUAAGAGAAAUAAAUUUUUCACAACUUUUUUAAAAUAAUAUAAUGAAUAUCGUAGAAAAUAUAGAAUUAAUUCCUCUUUUCUUUUUCUUUUUUCGAAACUAAAAUUGUAAGUAACUUUAUUAUGAUUUUAUGCAUAAAAAAAGUAAGACUGUUUAAUGAUUCAUUUUUCGAUAAGAUUGUAAAAUAAUGAAAUAUAUACGGACUGAUAAAUGUUCAACUUUCUAUUCAUAUUUCAACACUGGGUCUUUUUUUUUUAAGUUGACUUAUUUUUUACGUGCAUAUAUAUAUGUGAAAUAAUAUAGUUCCUGUGAUAACUUUUUUAUUUUUAUUUGUCAUAGGAAUAACAAAAAAUCUAUUAAAAUUUAUCACUUGUUCAUUUUUAAUUUAUAGAAACUUUUUUUGGUGUACUUUGUAUCAUUAAAAUAAAAAUUUAGUAAGGCUAAUGUUAUGUAAAAAUUUUACGAAAAUUAACGCCGAUUUUUAAUAGCUUUUUGUAAGAUAGUUUGGCUCGUACUUAAAGAUGCAAUAUAUAUCUUUUAAGUUUAUUAUUUAUUUUUUAAACAAUAAAUUCGUACAUAUUCGUAAUUAAUAUUAAAAAAUAUAAAUUAGCGAUUUUUAAUAUCAAUUUAUCAAUAGCGCACAAAAGUAUGCAUCUCUCUAUCUAUAUAUUAUCACUUUGCUAAGAUUUGUCAAGUUUUAUGCAUUAUUGUAGCAUAUUAAUAAAAAAACAAAAAAAACUUGUUCGUAUGCAGAUAAUGAAUAAAGCAAUAUUUACAUUUGCUUAUGUAGUAUAUAAGCAAUGUAUUUUGACUCACAUGUACAAGCUGUUUAAAUAAAUCUGGAAUUGAGUUGUCUCUUGACAACAGUGUACCAUGAUACUUUGGACCAAGAAAUAAUAUAACAAAGAAAUGUAUUCAAGGUGAACAUUUGCAUAAGAAGUUUAGCUAAUUGUGCCAAUUCCUUAAUAUUUAUUAUUUAUGAAAUAAUGAGAAAUAUUUUCAAUUUUCUGCUUUUUCAUCCAUGUACGAUUUUUUUAAUGAGUAAGACCACAAAGUGGAUUUAGAAUGGAAAAUUGUAUUAUAUCUAAUGCAUUUAAUUAUUGCACUUGGCACAACAUUAGUAAUUAUUUACUGCCUGAUAUACAAUUAAUGUUUACUACCAAACACAUAUUAUGUAAUAACACAUGAUAAUUGUAGUACAAUAAAGCAUUCUCAGAAAGUAA